UCUGGUAGGCUGACUGGCGGAUGGGAUACAUGAGCUGGAGCUAUGGCAGGUCCAAGUAGGAAGCAGAUGUUAAGGUUUCUCGGCCAACUUGGGGCGUUUAUUCUGACCCGGUUCGGAUUCUGGAACUGCUUCAGUAUGCUGAUGCUGUUCGCUGAAAGAGCGGACUCAAAGAGAAAACCGGACAUCCAUGUACCAUACCUGUAUAUUGACAUGGGAGCAGCCGUCCUCUGCGCUAGUUUCAUGUCAUUUGGAGUGAAGAGGAGAUGGUUUGCUCUGGGUGCCGCCAUGCAGCUGGCCAUCAGCACUUACGCAUCCUACAUCGGAGAGCAGGUGCAUUAUGGGGACUGGCUAAAGGUCCGGAUGUACUCCAGGGCGCUAGCCGUCAUCGGGGGCUUCCUGGUCCUGGCCAGUGGAGCGGGGGAAGUCUACAGGCAGAAGGCUCGCAGCAGAUCGCUGCAGUCCACUGGGCAGGUCUUUCUGGGUAUCUAUCUCAUCUGCAUGGUGUACUCGCUGCGGCACAGUGACGAGGACAGACAGGCCUACCUGAACCACAUCGCAGGGGGAGAGCUCACUCUGAUGCUCAUAGAAGUGCUGUUUGGCGUUCUAGCUCUGGCCUUCCUCACUGGGUACUACAUCCGGAUGGCCGCUCAAAUCCUGGCCACCAUCCUUCCUCUGGUCAUCCUGCUCAUCGACGGAAACUUCGGAUACUGGCACAACAACCGCAAGGUGGAGUUCUGGAACCAGAUGAAGCUGAUCGGCCACAAUGUUGGGAUUUUCGGCGCUGUGCUCAUCUUGGCCACUGACGGGUAGACGUCUCUGGCUUUUAAAGACAGUUUUUGCAAACGGGGGUGUCUGUGCAAAAUGAGAUUGUUGUGGCUGGAUUGUGCCGGAAGCCGCUGCCCGCCUCAGGAUUUAAAGCACUCGGCUUGGGAGAGCUCAGACGGUUCAUCAUUAGCUACCAGAUGGCAGCUUUCCUUCUAUAAGAAAAACACGUUUCCUUUUUUACUUUUUAAAUUGCAAAUGGUUUUAUUUAUUUGGUUUCUUGUUUACAUUUUGUUAUGCUCUGAAACUUUACAACAUGAGUGAGUAUUAUGCAUUUGCAUAAUACUCCCCUGCGAAAUCCUGAAUAUCACAAUUCAUGUUUUAAAUUCUUCCAGUAAAUGAAAACUGUUCUAUAAUGGUAUGUUGCUUUAAAGAUGUACAAAAAUGGUUUUUCAAUAAAUUUAAAGAACACAAGAAUA